AUGUCUCACCCCUGCUCUUGUCUCACCACCCCUCCCUCCACUGUCUCUCCCUCAUGUCUCACCCCUGCUCUUGUCUCACCACCGACUGUCCCUCCCUCAUGUCUCACCCCUGCUCUUGUCUCACCACCAACUGUCUCUCCCUCAUGUCUCACCCCUGCUCUUGUCUCACCACCGACUGUCCUUCCCUCAUGUCUCACCCCUGCUCUUGUCUCACCACCGACUGUCUCUCCCUCAUGUCUCACCCCUGCUCUUGUCUCACCACCAACUGUCCCUCCCUCAUGUCUCACCCCUGCUCUUGUCUCACCACCAACUGUCUCUCCCUCAUGUCUCACCCCUGCUCUUGUCUCACCACCCUCUGUCUCUCCCUCAUGUCUCACCCCCUGCUCUUGUCUCACCACCAACUGUCCCUCCCUCAUGUCUCACCCCUGCUGUCUCACCACCCACUGUCUCACCACCAUGUCUCACUGCUCUUGUCUCACCACCAACUGUCUCUCCCUCAUGUCUCACCCCUGCUCUUGUCUCACCACCAACUGUCUCUCCCUCAUGUCUCACCCCUGCUCUUGUCUCACCACCGACUGUCUCUCCCUCAUGUCUCACCCCUGCUCUUGUCUCACCACCAACUGUCUCUCCCUCAUGUCUCAACCUGUCUCUGCUCUCACCACCACCGACUGUCUCUCCCUCAUGUCUCACCCCUGCUCUUGUCUCACCCACCGACUCUCCCUCCUCACCCUGCUGUCUCACCCCUGCUCUUGUCUCACCACCGACUGUCCCUCCCUCAUGUUUCAACCCUGCUCUUGUCUCACCAUCGACUGUCCCUCCCUCAUGUCUCACCCCUGCUCUUGUUUCACCCCCAACUGUCAAUUAGAGAACUGA